AUGACAUUUUGGCUCAACGCGGCCGUGGAUGCAUACCAACUUUCGUCCAGCAGCGCUGGUGGACUAGCAAAGGAGUUGUAUGGGCGUCUUGCUUGUCCUGUAGAGGUCACCAUGACUGACUCUAGGCUCAAUCGUUCAAGAGAAGUCCUCGUUCUGGUCAUUGACACUGGCGAGGAUCGAGGCUUCGACUAUCGGAUCUUGGUAUUCACCCGCCCAAAGGUCGACCGAGAAAUCAAGGAUCACGCUUGGCUAUCCGUGCACUGUCAACUUAUCCUCAAGGAUAGGAUUGUGAACGGGCGCGAGCUCACGGGCGUGCUCCAAUGA